AUUGCCGCAUUCGUUGAGCGGCUUUCGCUGUUGAAUGAGCUGCGAGCGCGUUCAUAAAUUACGGCAGAAGUGCGACGUGGUUUGCCGAACGGGACACAAAAAUUGCAGCUGCUGCUCAAAGACGCGCGCGCUUUGUUUGUGUUGUGUUUUCGUGUGUGUGUGAAAUUUAUAAAUAAAUCGCGUGGCGUGAAAGUGAAAUGCGUUGCAAGCAACAUAACUAAACACAAGUGGAUUCCACACAACAUAAACGAGCGCAGUCAGACGCAAUUAAGUGAAAAAUUUCUAAAAUUAAAAAAAAUCAAAGUCAGGUUUGCUUCUGCUUAAUUGUUUAUCUAUUGAAAGCGACGCGCCGCCGCCGUCGCUCAACUGGAAGGGAAGGUGCGGCAGCAUCAAACCGAAACCUGAAACUGAAACUGAGCGAAAGACAACAAAUACAACAACAACACGUCCUUGAGCUCAUAAUUAAAACACCUGUUCAACAGCAACAACAACAGCAACUUGAACUUCGGGAAAAGAAUUUCACCAAAAUCGGCAACAACAACAAAGGAAGAUGAACAAUUUCACAACAACAACGGCCGCAGUGCCAAAAAAGGACGCACUGCCUCGAUCGGGACAUGUUAAUGAGGUUUGCAAGGAAUGGCUCGUGCGUGAGGACGGCGCCCUGGCCUACAAGCUGCAGUCCCAGGAGAUUAACGACUUUUAUAAGGGCAAUCGGUACAGGAAUGCAACGGUGCGCGAAGAUUUCCCCACGGCGCUGCACGAGCAAAUUAAGGAAACGGAGCAGGCCCAGCGGCAGGUGGAGGCCUAUCGAAGACGCCUGACAGAGCAGGAGGAGCAUGAUAAACGUGUGGCCAAAGAGAUCGCCGAGAAGCUGGAACGCGAUUUGCAGGAACAGCAGCAAAAGGAGCUGCAGCAAAGCGAACUAAUUGCACAGAAAAUGCAGGAGAUCUAUGUGAAUCUGCCGCCGGUGCCGCCGCCAGCAACACGCGACAAGAGCCGCCCGCCGCCGCGACCAGCCAAAGCAAGUAUACACCAGCAGCAGCUGCAACUGCAACACGAGUCGAAUAGCAGAGUCGAGCCCAGCACCUCACAACAAGCUAGAUAUCUCAGUCAGCAGCAGCAGCAGCAGCAGCUGCCAUUGCUGCUGCAGCAGCAGCACUUUUCACAAACAGACAACUAUGUAGGAUUGUCGCUUAUACCAAAUAUUGUUGAUGUGCCAGCAGCAGCAGCAGCAGCGGCAGCUAUCACACCCACUAGACAAAAAACACAGCCACAACACAAUCAGCUGUUGGUGAGUGAUGCUGAGCACACGCCAACAACAAUUGCACCGCAGCAACAAGCACGCCACCAUCACGCACAUCAGCAGCAACAUCAAUCAGCACGUCGUUUAGCACCAACAACACCAACACCAACAUCUACAUCUGCAUCUCCAUCUGCAUCUAUAUUGCACAGCAUUACAUCUCAGCACACUCCCACACAGAACAGCAUCAAUCAUCAGGCAGCUGACAUAGACGAGCUGGUGGACUAUGCCGAUGUUGCUGACAGCAUACGCGGCCUGUCGGCAACGGGCGUCGGUGCAGCUGCUGCAGCAGCAACUGUUGUCGACUCAGCCAUGCCCCAGCGCUCGGCCUCACACGAAAACUUACUGCGUUCCGAACCGCAAUUUCAGAAACUAUCGCCGGAGAAAUACGAUCAGAUGGUGGGCAACUUUGCGCUGGGCAGCGCGAAGGCCGUCGAGCGGCACAUGCAACAGCAUGCGGACGACAUUGAGCUCUAUGUGGAUCCCUGCGACUAUGCGAGCCUACGCGAGAUCGGACUGCCGCCCGAGGAGCUGCACGAGCUGAGCAAGAAGCUCAAGCAGGAGCAGAAGGAUGAGCUGCUCGCGCGUCGCCUGCAGGCCAUUGAGAGCAAGGAUAGCGCGCUCCAGGAGCAACGCGAUCGCAUGCUGGCCAUCGAGGCGCAGGACAAAGAACUCGCCAAAAUGCUGCAGGAGCGCUACGGAAAAAACAUAUUCAAAUUAAGGAAACUCAAAAUUUCUGCAGUUAAGGAGAAAGCCAAAGUGAAGCGCGCCAAGGAGAAGGCGCGCCUGCGCAAAUCCCAGCAAAAGGAAGCAGCAGCCGGCGCUGCUGUUGGAGCCAAUGGGGUAAACAGUUUGCUGUGCGGCACAAAUGGCUCGCAUUGCGGUCCGUUGCUUGCGCUGCCGCAGGACUGCAUGUCCGCGUCACAAAUCCAAACGCCAAACGAUAUCGACGUGGAAGCCUAUUCGAAUCCCAUAGAUGUGCUCAACAGCAGCCGAGCUGAGCAGCGCCAGCCGAACGGCACGCUGACCAAUGGCAGCCUGACCAGGGACAGCAGCUCCUCGCAUGGCUCCAUGCAGCGACAGCAGCGCCAGGCGGCCGCAGCCGCCAGCAGCCUGACACGCGGCGACGAUGACAUCUACACGCUGCCCGUGGACAGCUGCCGGCCGGGGCAUCAGCGACCCAUCUCUUUGCAUUUGACGGCCGAUGCGCUGCAGCAGCAGCAGCAGCAGCAUAAUUCCAUGACGCGUUCGGAGCACUAUGGCUCGGAGGCGGGCUCUCACGACAGCACGCUGUCCAGCGGUCACGAUGUCUCGCCGCAUCUCAAGUACUCCAAAUCCGGCAACUUUGGUAUAUAUAUCAAAGUGCCAGCCCUACGCCGCCUUACAUGCCAAUUCAAGGUACGCGACGAUCAAAUUCAAGUGAAGAUCGUAAAAAGAAGUCCAAGGACAACAAGUGCACGCAUCAGUGAAGCCGCCCUGCGUUCAUAGCAUAUAACUGAUCUUUACCACAUAUAUAUAUAUAUACUUACAUCGUACAUUUUGUAUGCUCGCUCUCUCUCUCUCUUU